CGGACAGUCUGAGCUCUGGGGAGGAACCAAGGAUCGCCUGGCAGGGCGGGAGCUUCAGGGCAGCAGAGGGAGUCCCUUGGCCCAGGACGCCUGGAACACGGGGACACCCCUGCCUCGGCCUCCCGAGUUUCUUCAGGACUGGAGCCCGGGAAUCUGGAUGAAGACCAAUGCUGGAAACCAGAUGCCUGAUGGGAUGCUGAGGCAUAGCCUGUUUCGGGAGCUACUGGUCUAGUGCAGACUGUUCACUGUGCAGCUCCAGCCUCAAAAAUCCUAAGCAAAUGCAGCUGACUGGUCAAGUCUAGUGCACAGACCUGAGCCCUCGCUGCCGCCUGGGGACCUGGAAACGUGAAGAUUGGGCAUUUUUACCUUCUGUGGUGGUGGAGAUAGGACCCAGGACAAUGGCUGCUGCUCAUGAUUUGGAAAUGGAGGAUAUGAAUCUAAAUAUGGAUAGAGCCAUGAAAGAAGAGCUGGAGGAAGAGAAGAUGAGAGUGGAUGGGGGAGGUAAAGACCCCUUCAAAAAUAAAAAGGUCCACAGGAUUGUCUCAAAAUGGAUGCUUCCUGAAAAGGCCCGAAGAACGUACUUAGAGAGAGCUAACUGCCUCCCACCCCCUGUGUUCAUCAUCUCCAUCAGCCUUGCCGAGCUGGCAGUGUUUAUUUACUAUGCUGUGUGGAAGCCUCAGAAUCAGUGGAUCACCCUGGACACGGGCAUCUUGGAGAGUCCCUUUAUCUACAGUCCCGAGAAGAGAGAGGAAGCCUGGAGGUUUAUCUCAUACAUGCUGGUACAUGCUGGAGUUCAGCACAUCUUGGGGAAUCUUAUUAUGCAGCUUGUUUUGGGGAUUCCUUUGGAAAUGGUCCACAAAGGCCUUCGAGUGGGGCUGGUGUACCUGGCAGGAGUGACUGCAGGAUCUCUUGCCAGCUCCAUCUUUGACCCACUCAGAUCUCUCGUGGGGGCUUCAGGAGGAGUCUAUGCUCUGAUGGGAGGCUAUUUUAUGAAUGUUCUAGUGAAUUUUCGAGAAAUGAUUCCUGCCUUUGGAAUUGUCAGACUACUGAUCAUCAUCCUUAUAAUUGGGUCGGACAUGGGAUUUGCUCUCUACAGAAGGUUCUUUGUCCCUGCCAGUGGGUCACCGGUGUCUUUUGCGGCUCACAUUGCAGGUGGAUUCGCUGGAAUGUCCAUAGGUUACACUGUGUUUAGCUGCUUUGAUAAGGCGCUGCUGAAGGAUCCAAGGUUUUGGAUAGCGAUUGCGGCUUAUUUAGCUUGUGUCUUAUUUGCUGUGUUUUUCAACAUUUUCCUAUCCCCAGCAAACUGACCUGCCUCUAAUAUAAGCCAAUUAAUAAAAAGAGCCAUCUAGGAAAAAACUGGAGGACUCUAUGAAGAAACAGAGAAGUCACAGCACCUGCUGACAAUUUUAUAGAGGACAAACACCACUGAAGUCAUCAGUUGCAAAGAAUGCUUACAAAAGGAGUUAGGGUUUAAGAAAAGGGCUUCUGAAUGCAAAGGGAGGGAAGAGGAUGAGCGGGAAGGGAAGUAAAAAGCAGAGAUUGCCUCUUUCCCAGGUGUAUGUGGUGUGUGUAUACAUACAUACAUACAUAGCGUGUAAAUAUCCUCUCAAAAAGAAUUGCUCUUCUUCGAAGAUAUAUUGUAUUAUUGUAUUAUUAUUGUAUCUAUUGCUUGAUAGAAUCCACAAAUACUGUAGUAUGCUGAUAAUAAAAACUUUUCAUACCUGUGUCAGACUAUUGAUAAUCAUUUUCUAUCACUGUUUGAGUCCAUAGAUCACUGUUUGAGGUGCUUUCCAUACAUUAUUGCCAAUCUUUUUUAACAACCUAGAAAGGUGGCUAUUACUCUGUAUCUUAGAGAGGACAUGGAAAUUCUAAAAAGUCAAAUAACUUGUUUAAUAGGGGGCAGGAUUUAAAGAUUGGUAACACCUUGAAAGCCCAUAUUCUCCCCCACUACUGGUCUAACAAUGCUGUGUCUCCCAAGUACUGAAAAUUAAGACUAUGAUGGGAGUAUAGGAAUAAACAUUUUUGUGGGUGCACCAUGAAUGGGAAAUACUUUAUAGACGAGGACUGAGAAUUCUUUGGACUGCUAGUUUAAGACUCUGAUAGCACGUCUAGGAACCUGGAAUCAGCUUUCUGGUGCAUAUUAGAUACCUGGACUCUGGAUUCUCAUGUAUGAUAAGCUUCUCAUCCUCCACGUGGCUAGUGGCUGGCCCAGUAGUGGGUGGGAUUUAUUUACAAAAGGUAAAAUGUCCUAUCUGAAACUGAGAAACUCUGUCCUUUUCUUGUAUAGAACCAGAUUGUUGGCCAUUUUUUCCAAAAUAGUGGUUUUAGAUCAUUUGAAUACAGGAAAUAAAAUUUUUUCUUCUUUCAUCAUCAACAUGUUUUAUUUAUAAACAUCCAUCUAAAUAUGUUGCUGUAUUCUGAAAGGAGCAUCCACACUCCAUAGAUA